GAGCACUUCCCUCUUAGAAUCACAUCAGAGCUGAGCUGCUUUCAGACGACUCCGUCUUGUUGUGGAUGCUGAAGCUGAUCAUGGUUCUCCUGUGGAUGAUCCUGUUGGUGGUUCUGCUCUGUGCAGAGGCCGAGAACGUGACCGAGGUCAGAGGAGAGCUGGGGACCAACGUCACUCUAAACUGGUCCAAUCAGACAUCAGACACAUACUGGUACAUGGAGAUCUACAGUCAGUUCAGAGCAUGUAUCGGCCGUAGUUUUUCUUCAGCAGUCUCUACCUACUGCUCUCCUGGUUUUGAAUCCAAAUUUUCAAUCCUGGGAAACAAACUCGUGAUUAAAAACUUCACAGCAGAGGACUGCAGGCUUUACUUCUGUGGCAUCAAGAGAGGAGGCAGCAUUCAUUUUGUGGAGACUUUCCACCUUUUAUUAGAUGCAUCUACCAGCAACCCACUGAAGGACUGCAUCAUGACUCAGUUCAUCCUCACGAUAUCCGUCUCAGUUGCCGCUGUCAUCAUUCUGAUAAUGGGUGGGGUUUUGAUACUGCUGUGCUCGAGGAAGAACAAAAGUAGCAAACAGGUAGAAGAGCCUUCAGCUCACAUCUACGAGAACGCAGAAACACUGUGGGCUAUUCAGGGCAAGGUGAUCCACCCCUACCGAGCAAGACAUCACUGAACGAGUUCUUUCAGACGCUACAAGACUUCAUUUGUUGUAUUUCACUGAAAAACAUACAAACAUUUGUGCACGUUUCUUCUCUGCAGCAAAUACAUUAAUUUUUUGCUAGUGCUGUAGAGCGUUAAUCUCGUUAAAAUGAUGUUAACGCCAUAACCGCGUUAACGCGACAAAUCUGCAUUAGCGAGUCAAUGUGGAUCGCCCCGUGCGUGGGGCUGCACAGCGUCAACGCAUAGAUUUGCCACGUCAGUGCGGUUAUGGCGCUAACGUCAUUUUAACGAGAUUAACGCUGACAGCACUACAUUUUGUAUAUUAUCAGGCUUGUUGGAAGACAUCUGUCCACUUGAGAUGUAAAACUUUCCAAUCAUAUGGAAAGUUGUACGUUUUAAAAGAUAAACUAUAAGCUGCUGUCAAACCCUGUCAAGAUGGAAUCUGAAGACAGACAAUGAUUCAAACUUGUGGGUUCAUUUUGCAGUAUUAGUACUAGGUGGAGGCAAUAACAGUAUUUAUGAUACUAACAGAAAUUUUAUAAAAUACACUGAGGAGUAACAGUAGUAAAAGAAGUACAAACAUAGUUAAUGUCAACAUCAUAGGUAGUAGUUUUCGUUAAAGUUCUUGAAAAUGGAGCAGUAAUCUAUUAAUAGAUGUAGUAAAGUCUACGUUUGUGGUAGAACUGAUGCAGUAGUAAUAACAGUAAGGAUUAUGGGUAGUUUUUGCAGGAAUUUUAUAGCGUUACUGUCAGACAGGAUGGGGUUGGUGGGUAAAACGUUUCCUGACUUCUUCUUUUCUGCAAAGAUUCUGGCAACGCCUGAAGAAAAAGUAGAAAAGAGGAAAUAAUUUGAAGUGCUAAUUUUACAAACGUUUCCAGGGAAAUAUGGCUACUCCGCAUGACUUCACCAUUAAAAUCCUACUGUCAUCACUUCUUCUGCACACAACGAUGUGGCUGAAUUUAACUUUAAAGUCUUCACUCUCAGAAACAGCCAAAUGUAUUAGAUGUGCUGAGUGUGUUGGGAGGUUCUUCAGAACCACUGAGGUAUCUGACGUACCACAUCUUUUGGUGUGCAGCUGAUCACUUAUGUAACAGAUGGUCCCUACAGUCAUGUGUAAAAACUAGAUUUUUGCCUUGAAUAAGAGUUUAUAACUCUGUCAGGCUGGAGAUGGAGGGCAGACCUUUCUUCUUAUUUGACUGUUUCAGUAUUGGCUUUUGUACCAGACGUUUUACAGUCAUAGCAGUAACAGUAACUACUGUACUGUUUGUACUUCUGCUUUUGGUUUUCUCUUAUUGUUAGCAAUAUAGAUGGUAGCAGGAUUUGUAAUGAUUAUAGUAAAUGUUGCAGUAACUUACUAAUAGAUGUAGAAAAGGCUGCCCUAGAAGUAGUAAUACCCUUGGUUAAGGGUAGUUGUAGCA